AUGAACGCGACGAUUCUCAACCGUUGGGCGUCUCAGAUCGUGGAUAAACUCCCAGAAAAUGUCCAAGAACGUUUAGGUGGGAUUACAACGGCUCAUGCGGUCCAAGUUGGGCUUGGCCUCGUGGUCCUGGGUCAGCUCUAUCGUUGGUGGAAGAACAAGGUUCCUGUGUAUGGAGGCAUUCUCUCCUUCUCCAGUAUUCUAUCGACGAUGCGCAUGAGUAUUCGCGGGCCGGCUGAUUGGUUGGAGUAUUACGAAAAGUACCCCAUGGCUUGGAUACCACACGGCGAUCGAUGGCACCUUGUUGUCCGUGAAGAAUUUGCCGAAGAAAUCAACCGCGCCCCGGAUAGCGUAUUAUCGACCGAUUCUGCAAUGGAAGAAGCAAUUCAACUCACCCACACGCUCGGUACUGAGAUUAUAGAGAACGACUACCAACUGUCGGUCAUCCGAAACUAUAUGACACGCCAUCUUCACACCAUUUUCCCAGACGUGCAUGAUGAGAUCAAAUACACGUUUGAGAACGACCCUAUUCUCAAUAGCGACGAGUGGAAAGAGCUCCCUGCGUUCGAUUGGAUCCUCCAAGUCGUUGCCAAAGCGAGCAAUCGUGUUCUUGUAGGCGUCCCGCUAUGUCGAAACCCGGAUUGGCUAUCAAUAUCCCUCGAUGGUGCGGUAUCGGUUUUCAAGACGGCCGUCUUUAUCAACCUGUUUCCUGUCCAACUCCGAAACAUUGUAGGAUGGCUUGUAUCCACCAAAGUACCUCAGCUUCGGCGAGCUUCGCUGCUCACAAAGGGUGUAAUCGAGGAGCAUAUGAAAAAGGAGGACAAGACGGAGAAGGCGGAUUUUCUCGACUGGCUACUAUCUGCUGCUCCUCCAGAGGAGAUGAAUGUCGAGAGUAUCACAAGGCGCAUUAUAGCCGUCAACUUUGCGGCAAUCCACACAAGCUCGCUGAAUCUAACCCAUGCCCUCUACUGGAUCACUUCUCGACCAGAGUACGUCGAGCCCAUGCGCGAGGAGAUUGAAGCCGUUAUAGGCGAGAUGGGCUGGACAAAGCAUGCUAUUGGUCAUAUGCCCAAAGUCGAAAGUUUUAUGAAGGAGUGCAUGCGUGUUGUGCCUAUCUCUCCAAGUGCGAUGAACAAACGAGUCAUGAAGCCGUUCACCUUUUCCAACGGCGUCUCGCCACCUGUCGGAUCCAUCGUGAGCACGCACGUCUACGCAACCCACAUGAAUGGAUCAAUCUAUCAUGAUCCAAACACGUUUGAUGGAUUCCGCUUCGUCAAGCCCGAGGACGACGCGGUGGCGAGAGCAAAGGAAACGAUUUAUUCAACGUCGCCAAAUUACAUGGCAUUUAGCCAUGGACGACAUGCUUGUCCUGGACGGUUCUUUGCGUCGAUGGAGCUCAAAAUUAUGUUCGCCUACCUUGUGUUGAACUACGAUUUUAGCUGGCCUUCAGAGAUGACAAAGGACCUCAAACCAGGCGAAAAGUACCGGCCAAAGGAUAUUUGGUUCGGAGCUGGAAUUCUUCCCGACCCCAAAGCAAAGAUUCUAGUUCGCAAGAGGCAGGCGGGCUCGUCACUUGCGGAGACUCAAUAG